AUGAGCAGACUGUGGAUACAGAACCCGAAUAGAUGCGCAGACGAAUACUUGGAUGGAAUCGAGGAUUUCAUUGAGUUUUCACGUAGACACAACCCGGGUGCAACUAGAAUCCGGUGUCCUUGUAGGAGGUGUAACAACACAUUGUGGGAGACAAUUGAAAAUGUUGGAUUUCAUUUAGUAAGGAAUGGAAUGAUUGAGACAUAUAGCAUUUGGAACCUUCACGGAGAACAAUUAGACAAUGCUUCGUCUUCAAAUGCCAUAAGAGUGGACAAUGUUGAACCUAUUGUGGAUCCUAAUGAACAAGUGAUGGAUAUUAUAAACGAUGUUUUUCCAUUUGCAUCGACGAACAUCAAUCAGGAAGGGGAAGAUGACGUGCCUACACCAAUGGACAGUGCAGAGUUCGAACAAUAUGAAAAACUAUUAAAAAAUGCCAACCAAGAGUUAUACCCAGGGUGCAAGAGCUUUUCCGUUCUCACGGCCAUUGUGGAGCUAAUGCACGGAAAAAUAAAAUAUCGUAUGUCGAACUUGUGUUUUGAUUACUUUUUGGGGGUUUUCAAGAGAAUGCUUCCAACGGACAAUUGUUUGCCGAAAGACCAUAAACACGCGCAGAAGGUGUUGAAUGGUCUUGGAUUGGGUUAUGAAAAAAUUCAUGCUUGCAAAAAUAAUUGCAUGUUAUUCUACAAAGAGUAUGAAACAUUGGAUACAUGCCCUAUAUGCAAUGAGUCGAGGUUCAAAAUGACAUCUCAGAAUAGAACGACUAAGAUCCCACAAAAAGUCAUGCGUUAUCUGCCUCUGAAACCUAGGCUUCAGCGAUUGUAUAUGUCGACGCAUACUGCCACAGACAUGAGAUGGCAUAAGGAAAAACGGGUAGACGAUGAUGUGAUGCGGCAUCCUGCAGAUGGGGAAGCAUGGAAAGAGUUCGAUCGAACGUUCCCUGACUUUGCUGCUGAUCCUCGAAAUGUUAGAUUGGGACUUGCCACUGACGGAUUCAAUCCGUACGGGGUUCUAAACCAACACCACAGCACUUGGCCGAUUUUCGUAUUUUCAUAUAAUUUGCCGCCUUGGAAAUGCAUGAAAAAAGAAUACAUGAUGUUGACUGUUUUGAUAACUGAGGAUCCUGGCAGGUCAAUCGAUGUUUACUUAAGGCCGUUGGUUGAUGAGCUCAAGGAUUUAUGGGAACGGUGUGCGCACGUACGAUAA